UUGACUGUUAACAGACACAUAAAAAAUGCCCAGACGGAAACAGUCCAAUCCACAGCCUGUCAAAUUGGAGGCGGGAGAUGGAGUUGUGGUGGGCGAUCAAGAGAAUCUCGUGCUGGAGAGUGAUUUUCUCCUCGGACAGGACCUGGGCUUCGGAGAAAAUGACUACAGGAUCGUCGGUUUUGAGAGAGACUCGGACUCGGUCGCGGCAGAUGUGGGCAUGCCGAUGUACGGCUUUAGCGACGAGGACUGUUCCACCUACAACCACCUCGGUAUGGAGAGCGAUUUCGAGGACCCCCGUGACACAGAAAGCGAGCGAGAGGAGAUCGGCUCUUACCUCUCUUGCAGACAGUGCGGCCAGCUCCUCGGCGACCCCCUGACCGGCGCGCUGGAUCUCGCAGGCCUGUACUGCCUCCAGUGCGGGGCGGAGGGCGGAGAUGCAGACCAUCAGGAUAAACCUCAAGAGGAGGCCCAUCCCACCGAUGACGGGCAGGGGACGACGAAUCGGAGCCGAUCCAACGGAAACGCCAGUAAGACCUACUCCUGCAAACUGUGCAGCUUCACCUCGCGCUACUCCAAUCACUUGAAGCGGCACAUGAAAACGCACAACGGCGAGAAGCCGUAUCAAUGCCAGCACUGCACGUACGCCUCCGCCCAGCUGGUGAACCUGCAGAGGCACGUGCGCACCCACACCGGCGAGAAACCCUACAAAUGCGAGUUCUGCACGUUCGCCUGCAACUCCUUGGGCAACCUGAAGAGGCACCAGCGCAUGCACGCGCAAGAGAAAACGCUGGACUGCAACCAGUGUGACUUUCACGCCACCAACAGCCACUCUUUAAAGAAACACAUGAUGAGCCACAAGGAGGAGAAACCGACAGAAGAAGAAGCUGUUGUGUCUGAUCUCACCGUGCACAUCACCAGCGACCCUGACUUCCUCCAGAGCUAUGACACCCUGCAGACAGACCAGCAUCCCCCCACCCUGCUGGACACCCAAGAGUCCGACCCUCUGCCCGAGCUGCUCUUCCCCUUCACGUGCCGCGUGUGCGGCCUGGUCCUGGAGGACGAUGAAGGAGCGGUGACGCAAAUCUGCGGCAAAUGCACGCUGGACAUGCUGUCCAAAAGCUCCCCCGCCAGCCCGGAGAAAUGCGACAAGCUGUUCUCCUGCACCUCGUGCCCUUUCGUGACUCAGUACCCCAACCACCUCGCCCGUCACAUGAAGACGCACAGCGGCGAGAAGCCCUACAAGUGCCCGCAGUGCGACUACGCCUCCGCCCACUUCGACAACCUCAAGCGGCACCACCGGGUGCACACGGGCGAGAAACCGUACAAAUGCCGGGCGUGCGACUACGCCUGCGGCAAUCUGGCCAAUCUGAAGCGUCACGAGCGCAUUCACUCGGGUGCCAAACCGUUCCAGUGUAACGUGUGCAGUUACAGCUGCAACCAGAGCAUGAACCUGAAGCGACACAUGCUGCGGCACACCGGCGAGAAACCCUUCAAGUGCCAAGAGUGCGGCUACACCACCGGCCACUGGGACAAUUACAAACGGCACCAGAAGAAACACGGCCACGCUGCAGAAGGCUGGAUCAAGACGCAGCUGCCGGAGAAAGAGGACGAGGAGGAGGAAGGAGAGAUGUAGGAGUGUCUCUAAGUCCAGUUGCCUUAAUAAUAUUUAACUAGUCCAUUGAGCAAAGGUGCACGGUGACAGGGCAGAUGGGAUGUUCCUUGAUUGUAUUUUGUACCUCUUUACAGCAGCUGAAUUUAUGACAACAUCACAUAAUGGGAUGUAAAGGGACAGUUCACCCAAAAAUGAAAAUUCUGUCAUGAUUUAUAUUUUGAGAAAUGUCUGUUGUUUAAUUACCAACACUCUUCAAAACAUCUUUUGUGUUCUGUGAAAGAAAGAAAGUCAUACAGGUUUGAAGUGACAAGAGAGUGAGUAAACGACAGAAUUUUCAUUUUUGGAUACGCUGUCCCUUUAAGAUCUCAAAAACUCAUCCCUUAAACUCAAAAAAACAAAUUUGGGUGAAAGGCAUAAAAUGCAGUGAGAUAAUGCACAAGACUCAUUAAUGAGAAUACUGGCUUUGUUAACGUUUGUAAAAACAACGAGUGGUGCUACAUCUAGACCUGAUUGUUUAUGCAAGCUUAAAUUUCUUGUGAUUUUAGGGUGUAACGUGAACGGGACGUGUUGUGAUGGAUUCUUGAUUCUGCCGCUGUAGUUUGUUGUUGGAUUUACACUGAAGAAGUCUGCCGGCUGCUAUCUUCACAUAUGCACAAUGAUUCAGUAACGUUGCCUUUCUCUCGUUCUUUUACUGUAAUACCUGGCUGCCACUGAGAGAUGCUGCACUGAUGGGGGACAGAAACACUGAUGCUUAUCAGGGCAUUAUAUAGGAACACUUCAUCUCAUGAAGACUCUGCGUAGAGAAAUGUCUGGGUCGCGUUUAACUCCCAAAUCAAAAGCUGAGAAAUUGUAUUUUGUGUGACGAAACUGAGGCCUGUCUUUAGGACCAUGAACAUUUUUUUUGCAUGGUGAUCCCACAGAAUUCAUUACUGCAUUAUAAUAUUCACACAUGUCAAGUAUUAUUGUAAAGUACAUGUAAGGUCAUCGUUGUAUUUUUUUCUUUUGCUGUUUGAGGGAAAAUGACUCUUUAAAUGUCACUAUGCAAAAAUAAUCUAAAUGGUCUUACAAAUACGGUUUAUUAUGCAAAAUAUUAUAGCUUUUUUUUCUUUUGAUUAUUAAAUGCAGUAUGACCCAGACAUCUUUGUGGGAUUCACGUGUGUGCGUGCGCAUGAUUGUGUAUCUUUUAUUUGACUUUCAGAUUUCCUGCAGUUCAAUUUCGAUAAAAGUGUGACGCCUACUGUGAAGUUGUCCUUGCAAAAAGGAAUCAUAUGGAAACCUGUAAAGGUUUAUUUUUCUCCAGCAUUUACUCAAUUAUCAUUUGAUUCUUUUCCAAACAAACCAGUUAGUUGAGGAAAAAAGACACAGGCCACACUUUACGGUCUUUUACCGUUAUUUUAUUAAAAAGGACAUGAGCAGUUUUGCGAAAAGCAUUUUGUUGACAGAUCAUGUUAUAAAAGGAAUAUUUUCAUCAUUGUGGUUUUGAUACUGCUUUCAUGCUGUCACAGCAAUGUCACUGUAAUGGAUCAUGUACAUUCAGUGCAAAUCAGGGAAUAACUCCAUGACAAGCACAGCACUGAAUGACGUCUGCUCUCAUGUGAUUGAUUGAUUAUUUAUGUACUGUAUGUGUUCUUGUGGGCUGCAUUAAGCUUUCUGAUGUUUGUACACAAAUCUGACGAACUGUCAAGUGGCCUUUGGUUUUCAAAAUAAAGAUGUUUUUAGCUUUUAUUAAAAACAUUCGCCUUGAGACAUUUGUAACACUAGAUGGGAAAAAGAGUUUGAUUCAUUGUUUGAUGUGUGAUCUGAUGCCCCAGUUUGAAGCACUGGAACAUUUCACUGGUUGUAUUUCUUCACUCGUCUCUAUUUGAAACCCUGGCGUUGGCUUUAUAGAAACUAAAUAUAAUUAUCAAGGAAUCUGAUACUACAAACAAUGUCUAUUUCUGUCCUGUAGAGAGCAGAGAAGAGCUUUGACAGACUUCAGAGAAAAGCACAAAAUGUUGUAACAAUAACCAAUUUGCACUCAUUUG